AUGAAUUCUGAAACAAGCUUCUUAACUCCACCAGUCUUCAAUGGUGAGAAUUAUCAAGCUUGGGCAAUUAGAAUGAUGGUUCAUCUUGAUGUGAUGGAUCUCUUAGAAGUAGUAGAACAGGAUUAUGAAGUAACUCCUCUUGGUGAUAAUCCAACAGUGAAUCAGAUGAAACAUCACAAGGAGAAUACGACAAGCAAAGCCAAAGCUAAAGCUUGUCUUUUCUCUGCAAUAUCCCCUUCCAUUCUUACCAGAAUUAUGCAAAUGAAGUUUGCUAGAAUGAAUGAAUCAGAAACUAUAAAAGACUAUGCAGACCAACUAGUCGACUUGGAAAACAAGGUGAGAUUGUUCGGUAAUGAUUUCGCUGAUGAAAGAAUUGUUCAAAAGAUUCUUGUAAUACUUCAUGAGAAAUGUGAUGCCACAAUUUCUUCUUUAGAGAAUUCUAAAGAUCUGUCAAGUGUUACCUUGGAAGAACCUGUUAAAGCCUUACCAGACGACAAGUGCAACAAAUGUGGUCAAUUAGGCCAUGUGGAGAGGGUAUGCAAGUCAAAACCGCAACAAGAAGAAGCUAAGGCUACAAUAAAUCAAUAUCAAGAAGAACAAUUGUUUGUAGCAACUUGUUUUGCUAGCAAAAGCACUUCUGAAAGUUGGUUAAUUGAUAGUGUAUGCACAAAUCAUAUGACCAGCGACCAAGAGCUCUUUAAAGAUCUAGAUAGAUCCAAACUGAAAAUUGGAAAUGGAGAAUAUCUCGAUGUGAGAGGCAAAAGAACUGUUGCAAUUCAAAGCCAUACAGGUUUGAAACUUAUAGUUGAUGUUCUUUUUGUUCCUGAUCUUGAUAAAAACCUCUUAAGUGUUGGACAAGUACUUGAAAAUGGUUUGAAAGUGUUGUUUGAAGAAAAAGCAUAUGUCAUCACGGAUGCUGAUAAUAAAGAGAUGUUCAAGGUCAAGAUGAGAGGAAAAAGUUUUGCCUUGAAUUUGUUGGUCGAGGAGCAAGCAACAAUUAUCAAGUUGGAAAAUAACCCAGAAUUAUUGCAUAAAAGACUCGAACAUUUUCAUCAUGAUGCUAUACUCUUCAUGAAAGAAAAUCAACUAGCAGAAGGUCUUCCAAGCCUUGAGAAGAACCUGUCUGCUUGUGAAGCUUAUUAG